AUGGUCAAUGUUAAGUAUGAACGGGUCAAGCAAACAACUGACCAUGAGACGGCCCAGGGUGAGGAGAUCGAACUGGGGACGAACCCCGGGGAACCGGUUCAGGAGCAGGAACCGGCGCAUAACCACCACAGCCUGUACCAUAAAAGUAGUAGCAGUAUCCAAACGAAACAGUACAUCGUAGCAUCGGGAAGUACUGGCAAUGCGCGCCACCGCAGGUCAUCCAAGCAACAGUCGGUGGACGGUUUCGGUAACCGUAUCACCUUGACGCUGCUGCUAAUCGCCUGCUACUUUUCACUCUCGAUCGGCCUUACGUUCUAUCAGCGUAAUUUGCUGCAACACUUUAAGCUACCACUGUUCGUGGUACUGUACCAUUUGGUGAUCAAACUAGUCCUAUCGGUGAUUGUCCGGGGCAUCCUGCGCUGUGCCUACAAGCGACCUCGCAUCCUGCUCGAUUGGCGUACGUCUGUGCGCAAAAUCCUGCCCACCGGAUUGGCCAGCGGCAUCGACAUAAGCUUUUCGAACUGGGGACUCGAACUCGUUCAGAUCUCACUAUACACGAUGACCAAAUCGACCACGAUCGUUUUCAUCCUAAUAUUUGCCAUUCUGCUGAAGCUGGAAAAGAAGAGCUGGUCUCUGGGAGCAAUCGUGGUCAUGAUCUCGGCCGGGUUAUUUAUGUUCACCUACAAAUCGACGCAAUUCGACGCCCUGGGCUUUUCCUUCCUGCUGUUCGCUUCACUCUCGAGCGGCAUCCGAUGGACGUUUGCGCAGCUUAUCAUGCAAAAGUCAAAGCUCGGGCUGCACAAUCCGAUCGACAUGAUCUUCCACAUGCAACCGUGGAUGAUACUGUCGGUACUGCCAUUCACGAUCGGUUUCGAGGGACAAAAACUGAUCGAAGGGUUCAGUGUCCUGCAGCAGCUGGCGCCGGCCGUGGUGCUGGAUGUGUGGCUGAAGAUUUCCGUCGGUGCGUUCAUCGCUUUUGCGAUGGAGGUGAGCGAAUUUAUGGUCCUCACCAACACCUCUAGUCUGACGCUUUCGGUGGCGGGCAUUUUCAAGGAAAUUUGCCAACUUGUGCUGGCGGUCGAGCUGAACGACGAGCACCUUAGCACGGUGAACGUGCUCGGGUUGGUAAUGUGUCUCGGUGGCAUAUGUUGUCACGUUGUGCAUAAGUUCUUCCUAUACCGCGAUGAUAUGGCCGCCUCCAGGCCGAUGGCACCGAUCGAUGCGGCAAGCGGUUACAACGAGGAUCAGGACGAUGACGAGGAUGAAUCACGGACGCAGGGACGUCCGCUGGGAGCCGCUGGGUCGGGUGCUACCAAAAAUGGUAGCCUUAAGUUUGGCAACGCGGUCGGUGGCGGGGCACGGUUCAAGAGUGGUCACCAGUAUCGGCCACUGCUGGUGAACGACAGCCGCGAUGCCGACGACUCCGAUCACCUGGUAGUGAUGGAAAACCGAAACUACCUUUCCGACGACAGCGACCAGGACGGCAACAACGAUACGCAGGACGUACUGUUCGACAUACUAAAACGCCGUGAACGAUAAUCAUUCCCAGUCAACAAAAGUACGCGGGACGCGGUCGACGACGACUUCCUGUAGAGAUGCUUUAUAGGUUCCGUAGUAGACAUGGUUUACGUUUUUGAUCGAAUCGAAACCACUGUUGAUGUUGUUGUAAACUAUUUACUUAACAAGGCACGCACAAUGCCUCCGAACGGAUUGCGGCAGAAACUGCGGGCCACGGGACGUCGCACCCUAGCAUUCCCCCGUUAGCCAUCCAUCUGUGAGAGAAUGUCGUGCCGUGUAAAUUCCAGUGUCUUUUAAUCGAGUUUUAUGUCAGGAAACAAGUAAAAUUAAGGCCUAUCCCGAGGGAAGCGGAAUGUAUAUAUACUUAAUUUUGAAUACGCGCGCACGCAUUUCCGCUUUUUUGCCAUAUUACAAACAUGUUUGCCCGGUUUGAUUUGUGGAACCGGAACUACCACCGGCAUCGUUACCAUACCCGCCUGAAGAGCGUGUAUUAUUUACACAGUUCCUUCAACCAUCAGUGAAUAGGUUUAAUGCAUUUAUUCUGUAGUUUUUUAAUUUCGCUGCGUGGAAAGGAAAACAAAAUAUUACAUCCAUCACAAUGUUGUGUGAAUUAUUUGCACAAUCGCCUCGUAUUCAACCUUUAAUUACUUACCAUUCCUGCUUCUGCCGUUCAUGCGAACUGGUUACUUUCUAUUCCAUAAAUAGGAAACAUUAGUAAAAUCGUCGUAAAUUAAAUGUAAAGUGAAUGGACAGAGUUGGACCUAUCGUUGUACAACACCGCUUGAAUACACUUGAGGUCACAAGUAGUGCGCCGCCAGAAUUAGCUCCGUGGAGCACGUAUAGAUUGAAAAGACUAACACUGAAAACUUACGCAUAUUUUAUUUCCUCUCAGGGCCGUGAUUGUUUUAGACUAUCUUUGAAAUGUUUUG